GCCUCCCUCCCAGCCCAGACUGUAGCCGCCGGGCUGUGAGCUCCGUCCUUCCCCGGCGCUCUUCCUGGGACGCGCGCCCGACUCCCGACUCGUUUCCAAUUGGCCGUCGGGGGAACGGAAGCCGAAGCAGAGCAGUGAACCCGGAAGUGCUUCGCCGCGGAGGCCCGGGCGACUCUUUUGAAUGGAAUCGGGCUGAUUCAUCGCCGGUUCGCGGAGCCAGAUCCCGGCCGAGUCUGACCCCCUGCUGCCGCCACCGCCGCCGCGGCAGCGUCACCGCAGCUGGAAGACCAGGGUCCAGACCGCGGACCCCGCCCGCCUUCAGGAGAGAGGAAAAAAAAAACUUGGAAAAAAAUCAUACCUGCCAGUAUUAGCAAGAGCUUGACUUAAGAAGAAACUUGUCAAAGUCAACAGAUUGAAGCUUAACACCACAGGAGUUGUAGUUACUGACCAGAAAUAUGGACAGACUUCUUAGACUUGGAGGAGGUAUGCCUGGACUGGGCCAGGGGCCACCUACAGAUGCUCCUGCAGUGGACACAGCAGAACAAGUCUAUAUCUCUUCCCUGGCACUGUUAAAAAUGUUAAAACAUGGUCGUGCUGGAGUUCCAAUGGAAGUUAUGGGUCUAAUGCUUGGAGAAUUUGUUGACGAUUACACCGUCAGAGUGAUUGAUGUGUUUGCUAUGCCACAGUCUGGAACAGGUGUCAGUGUGGAGGCAGUUGACCCAGUAUUCCAAGCCAAAAUGUUGGAUAUGCUGAAGCAGACUGGAAGGCCGGAGAUGGUUGUUGGUUGGUAUCACAGUCACCCUGGCUUUGGUUGUUGGCUUUCUGGUGUGGAUAUCAACACUCAGCAGAGCUUUGAAGCCUUGUCGGAGAGAGCUGUGGCAGUGGUUGUGGAUCCCAUUCAGAGUGUAAAAGGAAAGGUUGUUAUUGAUGCCUUCAGAUUGAUCAAUGCUAAUAUGAUGGUUCUAGGACAUGAACCAAGACAAACAACCUCAAAUCUGGGUCACUUAAACAAGCCAUCUAUCCAGGCAUUAAUUCAUGGACUAAACAGACAUUAUUACUCUAUUACUAUUAACUAUCGGAAAAAUGAACUGGAACAGAAGAUGUUGCUAAACUUGCAUAAGAAGAGUUGGAUGGAAGGUUUGACACUUCAGGACUACAGUGAACACUGUAAACACAAUGAAUCAGUGGUAAAAGAGAUGUUGGAAUUAGCCAAAAAUUACAAUAAGGCUGUAGAAGAGGAAGAUAAGAUGACGCCUGAACAGCUGGCAAUAAAGAACGUUGGCAAGCAGGACCCCAAACGUCAUUUGGAGGAACAUGUGGAUGUACUUAUGACUUCAAAUAUUGUCCAGUGUUUAGCAGCUAUGUUGGAUACUGUCGUAUUUAAAUAAAGCAAUGCAGAAAGCUUUUAGUGAUACUUUCAGUGUAUAUUACUCUAUUGUUCCUAAUGCUCCAAAUCAAGGGACCUCUGAAGGUGUAUUUGGUUAAAUGUAAGACAUCUGGCAUCAUUUGCAGCACUGUAACACCUUCAGUCUCAGUUGUGCAAUUACUUCUGUUUCUUUAGUCAGGGUCGUUGCAGAUUCCAAAGUUGUAUAAGAAUACAUCAAAGUGGACAAAUUUUGUUAAGAUCCCAUUUAAUAUUUGAAGAAAUCAGUAACACAAAUAUAUUUUGAUUGUUGCUUACAAAAUAAAGUACAUUUACAAUCUAUGUCUCCUGAGGUCUUUUUGGCACUGGGUGGAAUUGACAGAGUAACAUUUGACAGUUCUUUAGAAAUCUCACACUAAGAUAUGUUUCCCUGUACAUUUUAAGAUUUUAUAACACAUAAAACAUCAAUGUGAUAAUAAAACUUCACAAAUGUAAAAUGAUUGCCAUUAAUGAGUGGCCACCUCAUUAGUGGGUAAUGCAGAAAAAUGCUGACAUAUUUCAUUUAAGGCAUUUGUCACAGGUUAAUAUUAUGUACACAAUGUAUCUUGUUAACAUACCUUCAGGAUUUCAGAAGAGUGCAUUGAAGAAGGCGGCAGUUUUGAUGUAGACUUUAUCAGAAGAGUACACUCCACCAAUAGCGUUAAGAUUGUGUGGGAAUUGCCUGCUUCAAACUCCACUAGGCUUUCAGCUAAGACAGCCACAGAAGGUAUGCUGUAUAUCUUCAAAAAUGAGAAAAGUAGCCAUAAUGUGAGUUUAAUAUAAUGAACACAUAGCAAUGAUUUUGUUAUUGUUUUCUCUCAUCUUUCUCAAAUUAACUUAGUUUUCUGAUAAAGACAAAAAUUUGACUAAUGGCAGUUUUUGUAGAUGAUCUCAUCCCACAACCUGAUGUACAUAAGUUUAGUCCCCAUUAAUGCUUACUCAUAAUACAGCAUUGUGCUGGGUACACCAAAGGGUAUUGGCAGAACAUGGAGACAAACAUUUAAUUCUUAUCUGUAUCCUUUGUGAAAAUACAGCAAAAAUGUUUCUAAGGCUUCAUUAAAGGAGGGUUUUACUUGGACACUUAGAAUUUAGACUUAGCCCCUAGUAGAGGUGGUAUGAAUGAAGUGGUAGAUGGAAUUCCUUUCCUGUUUGAACAAUUCCAGGCUCAUUGCUUGCCUAAUGAGAAGUUAGCAGAAACUAAAAGUAGAAAUGUCUUAAAUUUCCACUAUAUUUCAGUCUCUUUUUGGUGGAAUAAGAUAUUCUGAGUAUUUCUUGUUUUUCCUGUGGUUUCUUCUUUUAAAUAUGGUGACAGUAUAUUUUAUGUAGGACAUGUAAUAUGUAUUAAUUGUGGGAUUACAACAACUAAUCAUUUACAAUUAAAAUAUAAGUGGAA